AUGAAGGAAGUAUAUAUCUUCAGUGUUCUGGCUUUACUUGGAAUUGCAGAGGGAGGACAGAAUGAUUCCUGUCGUUACAGAAGCCUUGCUUCUUCACCAAACCAAAGCAGUAUCUCUCCCAUCUUGGAAAAGUAUGAAUCUGCCCUGUUGAUGGUUCUUGGUUUCGCUGGAUUUUCCAUUUUAUUGGCAAUAAUACACAACACUAUAAGACGCAUUGUAUACAGGGACGCCCAUAGUCUGGAUACGGUGUUUGACGCUGGAGGGAAAGUCACGUUAAGUUUAACGGCCGUCACGGUGACGUCACAACUACUAUGGCCGGCAGAUUUUCUACAGAUCACCACUGUCACUAUAACCAGUGGUUUAGGAGGGUGUUUAUUCUUCGUGUUGGGUAUUGUUGUUGAUAUACUCCUGUUUCCAAUAUUGUCAGUUGAACUCAAAACUAAAGCUCCUGGUGCUAAGACAUUUCUACAGAUAGUUUAUACAAGGUUUGGAAAACCUGCUCACAUCGUGUUCUGUUGCAUCGCCUUGUUCGCCAAUAUCGUGACGAUCACAGCUCUUCUUGUGGCUGGCAGAUCAGCCAUUGGUGUUCUUACAAAAGACGCCACAGAUGAAUUCAUCGCAUUCGUCUUGUCUGUUUUGUUUGGUUCUUAUUGCUUUCUAGGCGGUAUCGGUACAACAUUUUAUAUUUCGUAUUUCAAUACUGCGAUCACAUUCGUAAGUUUGAUCGUGAUAGUUGUCAGUAUAGCAUACACGGGUAACAUAAAUGAAGACAUGUCCAAGUAUGUCUCAGUAGAUGCCAUGUAUGAUGCUAUGUCUUGUAUCAAAGCGAAGGAUGGAAACUAUGAAGAUUCUCUGAUAACUUUUCGAACACGAUCUGGUGCUAUCUACGGUUUGUCUUUGUUCUUCAUGGCCACAUCACUGAGUUUUAUCGAUCAAGCUAACUGGCAGAGUAGAAUAGCCGCCAAACCUGUACAGGGUGUCAUCGGAUUCUUUAUAGCGGCCGUAAUGUUCUUUUGUCUUCCUGCAACUAUUGCUCUACCAGCAACUCUUACAUACGCUUCAAUGGCUUAUGAGAAUGGAACGCACCUACUGUCCCAAAACGAAAUAAUAAAUGGUUACAUUACACCAUUUGUGAUAGAGAAGAUCAUGGGUUCAACAGGGGCCUAUCUCCUCAUAACCUCCAUAACCAUGGCCCUAAUGUCAACUGGAUCUGGCGAAAUCAUGGCGGUGGCCUCCAUCAUAGUAUACGACAUUUAUAAGGUGUACAUAAACCCUUUCAGACGACUGUUGACUCCAACCACAUGUGUUUUGUGUGGACGCCAGAAAAUGAGUGGACAGAGCGAACUUUGUAGAUGUUCUUCUUCUGUUAACUGUCCAGCAUGUCUAAAGGAUCUCGUCAAGAAGGAACAGACACGAGACUACGCCGUGCACUACACGUGCCCAGUGCAUGGAGAUUACCGCCAUUAUGAAGACCUUCUGAUGCACUACAAAAGUUGGUGUAUUGUCUGGGUCACCAUUGCAAUUAUUCCAUUUUCACUUAUUAUAUAUGCCAGCAAUAUCAACCUUACGUGGGUUAUAUUUUUUCUGCAAGGAACACUUAGUCCGUGCGCCCUUCCGUUAUUAUUAGCUAUAACCUGGACCCGUUGUACGGCGUCUGGAGUGAUUGCAGGUAGUCUUGUUGGACUGCUGGGCUAUUUGGUGGCUAAUUUCGUCGUUUCAGAGAUAGUGUACGAUGAAGGUUUAUCGAAUUUCUUUAUUAACACUGUCCAAGAUUACAGUCUCUUGGCUGGUUGUGUAACUGGAAUAUUACUCAGCAGUUUGGGAACAACUGUGACCUCAUUAAUGACUCACAAAAUAAAAUCUGAGGAGGAUGUUUCACGUGAAUGGGAAAAAACGAUCUCCAUUGACAAUCCACUGAAUCCAUGGCGACGCUUGUAUGAAAAAGAGCUGGCGCAGUUUCCUCCAGGGACAAAACCUACAGCAGCUGUCAUGGCCCAAAUUUUCCGUUCUGCGCGAAAAGUCGCCAUCUAUGGAGGAUUUACUUUCGUCUUCCUAUUCCUAGUUGUAAUUCCGGCUGUUGUGACAUCAUUUGAUGUUUUGACCCGCGAUCAGUUUUCUUCCUAUCUAACCUUUUGUUAUGUUAUUUGUUUUAUGGGGGCUGUGUUUGUUGUUCUUGCGCCACCAGUGGAAGAAAUGUAUCAGAUUAUCAAAGCUUGGAAAAGUUCUAAAGAAAAGGACAAUCUUCAGAAAAAGUCUCCGGAAAUUGAACAAAGCCGACUUUAAUCUGGAAUAAUAUUGCAUAGUUCUAAUAUUUUGUGUGGAUAUGAACAGAAUCCAACAAACGUAGCUUUAAUCAGGUGAAUUGUUAGGUUUCAGGGCAAAUGAACAGUCCCCAAUUGUACCUUACAGUCCCUUUGAUAAAAACAGCAUGUUUUCUACUGCUUGAAAUUCUA